CAGAUUCGGCGGCUUCAGAUUACCGCAAAAUUCGGAAAUGGACGCCCCAAAGACCUCGGACGUCGUUUUGAUAUCGGGAAAUUCCCACCCUGAGCUGGCCAGCUUGAUUCACAAAAGAUUGGGGGUGAAAUCGAGCGGAUGCGCCGUUUUCCACAAGUCCAAUCGCGAAUCUAUGGUACAGAUCAACGACUCCAUUCGUGGUAAAGAUGUCUACAUAAUACAAACUGGAGCCAAAGAUGUCAACAACAGUAUCAUGGAACUUCUCAUCAUGGCGUAUGCUUGCAAGACGUCAUCUGCUAAGUCGAUCGUAGGCGUAAUUCCGUAUCUUCCAUACAGCAAGCAGUGUAAGAUGCGGAAGAGGGGCAGUAUAGUGACGAAACUGUUGGCCCAAAUGAUGUGUAAAUCGGGGCUGACGCACAUCAUCACGAUGGACCUGCACCAGAAGGAGAUCCAAGGGUUCUUCGAUUGUCCCGUGGACAAUCUACGAGCUAGUCCUUUCCUUCUUCAGUACAUACAAGAAAGUAUCCCGGACUAUCGCAACUCGGUGAUAGUGGCUCGGAAUCCGGCGGCGACGGCAAAGGCGACGUCGUACGCGGAACGUCUUCGUCUCGGCAUCGCCGUCAUCCAUGGCGAGCAGAAAGAGGCGGAAUCAGACGAAGUGGACGGCAGGUAUUCUCCUCCGACAGUGCCUCGUUCUCGAACGAUGGACGCCGGCGUCGGGGUGCCGGUGAGAAUCGCCAAGGAGAAGCCGCCCAUCAACGUGGUAGGCGACGUGGGCGGCAGAAUCGCCAUCAUGGUGGAUGAUUUGAUCGAUGACGUCCAGUCUUUCGUGGCAGCCGCUGAAGUUCUGAAAGAAAGAGGCGCCUACAAGAUUUACGUGCUGGCAACCCACGGGCUACUUUCUUCGGAUGCGCCCAGACUAAUAGAAGAUUCUCCCAUCGAUGAGGUCGUUGUAACUAAUACUAUUCCUCACGAACUACAAAAAAUGCAGUGCCACAAGAUAAAAACUGUGGACAUAUCUAUUCUAUUAUCCGAAGCUAUUAGACGCAUCCACAACAAGGAAUCCAUGUCUUAUCUAUUCAUCCUUCCUUCCCUCUUUUAUUUGAAGAGCUAUCGCAAGUUUUCUUGA